CGUGUUUAGUAUGCAGGGACAGCCCAAAAAGUGUGCUGACAGCAGCCUGGACUGUGCCACAUUCCUCUGAGGUAAACCAUUGGUGCUGAAGGAGGGACUGCUGGGGCUGAUGGGUAUUUCAGAGCUGGCAGGCUUUAUAUACGUGCGUUGAGCGUGGUGUAGUGUUUACCACAGCACUAAUAGGAUUGAUCCUGAGACAUGCUGCAGGAGCCUGAAUGGGAUGUGCUGUGCUGACAUGAUGUUAUGCCUGUUAACUGUGGAUAAUUCACAUGAUGGACUUCAACAAAUAAUCCUGAAAAGCUGAGGUCCAGGAGACAACUUGCUGUGUACAAUUCACAUACUGUAUCCCUCUGUGAAUUUGCUCCAUGGAGACCACACGUAAAUCCAUAAAUCUUACUUUCUCCUUUGAGGACAAAAAUGGAAAUAACAUCACCUGCCCUAGUGAACAUUCCCCCGAUUCUGUGAGGAGCUCCAGCAGUUUGAGCUGUGACGGUUCAGACAGUCCUCCUGAUGUAGAAAUGAAGGACUGUCUCACUUGUCCUGCAAAACGUGAGACUUCCUCCGCAAAUCUAGCAAAAUCAUGCAGGACAAUUCCUGUGGACUUAAAACUUGACAACUGGAAUAAGAAUUUGACUCUUUUGAUAGUGGAUCCAAAACACACUCAGUCCAGUGAUGGAGGCUCUGAAAGCUCUCCAGACUGUGGAGAUCGAGAAAUGUCUGAGGUGGACUCUUCUGAACCCUCGAGACGUGGCUCUAGCGAGAACUGCUGCUCCGUCAGCUCUGGCGAGAUGAUGAUGAGGGGUAACAGCUUCCUCAUGCACGAGACUGAUCAGCCACUUAGUAUCUCUCUGAUUGGGGACUCUAAAAACUCUCUGGAUAUUUCGUCAGACUUUGGUGUAAUCUCAGGUAUGUUACCUGAUGUUUGUGAGGGUUUGGCUGAAUUUCCAAAAGAUGAGGUCAAGAGUCAGGUGUUGGAGUGUACUUAUAUCCAUCAGAACAAUCAAACCUUCCUCAUAGAUGAAAGAUCGAGUGUUGAGAAGCUGGAAUGCCUCACACCUGUGCAAUACCACAAAUCUAACAAAGACAUGCAAAAGUUGGCAUGUAACACUGGGGGAUCCAAUCAUUCAGUGGAGGGUAAAACAGUGCUUCUUGCUGCCUGUGAGGAUUUGGACAUCAGCGGUAAUGCUCAAACUUCAACUCCAGUUCAGUCUGUGAGUAACAAGACGUUCUGUCUUCCUUCUUUAUCCGAGUCUCCUCUGAAUAAAGAUGAAGUGAGUCCAGUAGCAGUAGUCUCUCAAAAAAGUGAGUCCAAAAGUGCUGUCUCUCAAAAGCCCAAGACAUCAGCGGGUAAAAGCAACAAAAUCGAGAUCAAACGGUUUCCUAAGCCCAACUUCAGUAAUAUAAAGUCUAAAAUUAUGUCACGUGCCUCUAAUCCCUUUAAGACGUCAAAUUUACAAGUUCCAAAGACUACAUCAAGCUCUGUAUGUCAGACUAAUGAAAGCCAGGAUACAGACCAAUCUAAGUCUUCUCCAAACAAAUCUGCUUCUGCAGCAGUUGCAAACACUCCAUCUGUAAAGAGCUUUACUGCAGCUAAACGGACGCGCACAUCCACUUCCCAAGAAAGUGGACCGGCUUCAAAAACUCGACCUCGCCGAUGGUCUGAAAGCGCUAGCUCUUCUAAAACGAGUAAAGAUGGGUCACAAGAGAAGAGUCCACAGGUCAAUGCGGUCUUCAGUAACCUCAUCACACCACGAAAAAACAUUAAAGGAUGUUCUCAGAAUCAAGUUGGCAAGAGCAAACCUCUGGACCAACAUGAGACUACUAGGGAAGACGCACAGGGAAAUGAGUCUCAGAAAGUUCGAGGGAAGAAUCCAAAAAUCAGUCUGUUGGCGGUAUCUGCCAGGCCGGCGGCGGCAGCAGUGUGCGAGUGGAGUAGAGGCAGGCUUGGACCCCAGCCAUCCCCAGCCAGGACAGGAGGCGCCGCUGCUACUCAUGUUCCAGCUGCAAACCUUCGGCCACCACUUUCUGCCUCCAAGAUCAAGCCUGGUACAGCAGGAAGAGAUGGCAGUAGUACUUAUGGCACCCCCUCACCAAAGAGCAAACUGAGCACACCUGAUGUUAAGCUCAAAGUCCCUUUGACUGAAGAUGCAAGUACAGUUUCAGGAUCUCAAUCCAGACCUGCUGUGUUCUCAGCUCCAACAUCAGCCUCCAAACUGCCCCUGAAGCCCAAAAUACAGCUUAAGAGCUCUAGUACAUCUCAGACGAGUGGACAACCAAAGCAAGAGCCUUCCGUGGGAAGCCUGAGUAAAACACCAUCUAACAGGGCAACUUUUUUUAGAAGCAAGCUGCAAUGUCCACCUACCAGGAAUGUAUCAUCAGCAGGAUGCAAAAACACAUCGUCAUCAUCGUCAAGUUCAGUGAGGUCUUCAAGCAGUCCUCUGAAAACCCCCAUUACACCCCGACCAGUGAGAACUGCUGCUACUCCAACAGUUGACAAUAACAAGUCAAGGACGAGCUCCCGAAAUCCACAGCCGCCGACGAAUGGGCAACCGGAUCUGGUGCCACCAGAGAGCAAAUCCAGAAAUGUGGAGUAUUACAAGGCUCAGUGUGAAAAGAAGAACCAGACCAUCCAACAACUGGAGAACACGCUUAUAUCCAACAACCGGCGGUUCGAGGCUGUCGCUGUGGUCGUAAAGCAUCUCUAUGCUGAGCAUGAGGAGGUGAUGAAGCAGCGACGGGAUCUGUCUCAGGAGCUGGUCACCUUGCGUGAGGAGCUUGUAAGCUCGGGUCACUCCUGUGAACGUCUGGAGCAAGAGAAGGAGGAUCUGCGCUCUGCUUUUGAUGGAGUCCUGCAGAAGAUCCAGGAGCAGCACCGCUUGGACCUCGCUGACCUCGAGGAGAGACUAAAGACAUUCUACUCUACAGAAUGGGAGAAAGUCCAUCAGGCCUACCAGGAGGAGGCGGAUAAGUGCAAAGCUCAGAUGGAGCAGCAGCUGGAAGAGAUUCGAUCAAAACAUGAGGUUUUGAAGAAAGAACUGGAAUCUAGCCAUAUAAUGGAGGUGGACGACCUUAAGCAGCAGUUUGAAGAAUCUUUUAAAGGAUUCAAACAGUCCCAUAAAAAGGAAAUGCAAAACCUCAAUGAAACACUAAAAGAAUCAGAAGACACGUUAACUAAUCAAAUUCAGGAUCUAAUGACAGAAAACGACAGCCUCAAAGAGAAACUGAAUGCUGAGGUAAAGCGAAGGAUGGAGCUUGCUGAGAAAACACAGGACUCCCACACCCUUUAUUUGGAGCAGGAGCUCGAAAGCCUUAAAGUAGUGCUGGAUAUCAAAAACAAACAGAUCCACGAACAGGACAAGAAACUCAUGCAGAUCGACAAACUGAUGGAGAGGAACGUGAAGCUUGAUGAAUGUCUUAAGAAGCUGCAACAGGAAAACGAAGACCUCAAAGCCAGAAUGGACAGACAUGCUGCUUUGUCUAGACAACUGUCCACAGAGCAGGCAGUUUUACAGGAAUCCCUCCAGAAGGAGUCCAAAGUGAACAAACGUCUGUCAAUGGAGAACGAAGAACUGCUCUGGAAGCUUCACAAUGGUGAUCUGAGUAGCCCCCGCAAGAUCUCCCCUUCCCCGUCCCUAAAUCUCCAGUCACCAAGAACCUCUGGGAUGUUCUCCAGCCCUCCAGUCUCGCCAAGAUAACAAUGGCCUUCAGCUUCCAGGAAGCACUUUAAUACAGGACAGAGCACUUCCCGCAUGCUGAAGGUCUGGACCAUAUGAGUGGCUCUCAAAAUGGAAUGAACCCUUGUACAGAUUGAAAACUGAAGACAGUAUUGCACAGAAGCACUUACCAAUGAGGCCACCCUCGUACUUUUGCCUUUCACGUCUAUGGAGGAAAGAGGAAUAUCUCAGGGCUUAUUGAAAGUUUCUCUCUAAUUUGUGCUUUUUGUUUCUGGAUUGUUUCCCCCCUGAAGUUCCAGACUUUAACCUGCUCUCUGUAGAGUACUGGCAUCUGAUACCAUGAUUGAGGCCUUUGUCAACCAAUGAAGCUUUUCUACCAGACGUGUACCUGGAUUUAUCUUUUGCUCUGGGACAAAUGCCCAAAUGCCAGUUGGCCAGUGGACAUUUCCCAGAUGCUGCUGUUGCUGCUGCUUGUCUAGCGUUUGGUAUCCCUUUAUUUCACAUAGGACCUCAGACGAACUUUUCUAAAGAAGCACUUCAUAGAUCAACUCAUGCCAUAAACUGACUGUUACUAUUUACUCAAACGGAAAGAUAUUCACUGAUCUCCACCAGGUGUUCUCAAAACCUUAUGCAACCUUUUUUGUCGUGUUUAUAUCAUGCCUUUAAUUUUUUGUUGUUGUUGUUUGAAAAUGGUAUUUUUUUAUAUAUCAUCACACGUUUUAUGAACAAGGUGAGCUUCAUCCAGGUGCAUGCUUCACCACAGAUGUGCUCAUAUCAUAUCUCUCAUAUGCCUAUGAGAAACUUCAUACAAUGAAUGAUGCAGAAUGAAUUACUAAUAGUUGAAUGUUUUGAUUAAUGCCUGCGUAAGGGUUGAAUUAUCUCUCUUCCUCACUUUCUUGGCAAUCAGAGAUGCAGUCUAAUCGUAAUGGUAUGCUGGAAACGUACGAGUGCUUGAUAUUGAAAUGGCAUGCCAUUAGGCAGCGCUGUGACUAUUGGGAAUCUGCGAGUUUUUUCACUACUUUCUUGAAUACGGGUUUUGUAUAUUAUUCAGUAUGAUUGAGCCCUAGGGGACAGAUUUGAGUGUUCAUUUGUCUUUAUUUCUAUAUUUAUGUCUGAUCAUGAGACCAAUGUGAUUGACUGAGCAUGUUCCAGUGGCCUCAGGAGCACCCCUCUCUGUUUGAAACCCUCCACUGCAGCUUUAUGUUCAAGCUAGUGACAAAGAGUUUAAAAUGCAUAAGAAGUUGCAGGGUUUUUUGGUUUGGUUUUGGUAUGCAUUUCUAAGUUGUUUGCGUGGAUGUUGGCGUGAAACUGAAACUAUUAAAAAUAUGCAUAUAAUAAAAAAUGUACAUUUUU